UGUCCGUUGUGGCCCCAAAGCCCCCGCCGCCGUCUGACGACGAAUCAACCUCGUCUGCGUUGCCACCUCGCACUUCUAGUCGACAGCACAGUCUGCGCUCCUCUAAGUCAUCGCAAGUGGCGGCUGAAGAGUCAGGCGGCAAAGUUGAACCACCGAGGAGACGCUAUCGCGAUGAGGUUUCUGUCCUGCGGGCUCUCAGCUCUACCGUCGAGCCAGCAACUGGCCUGCCCGACUAUCGCUGUCUACCGGAGCCCUGGCUUGGCUCCAGCAUCCUCUCGAGGACUUUCCUGCAGGCAAAGGCGGCGGGCCGUAAUGCAGCACGGCAUGUAGCCCGCAGUUUCCUGCCCAACGAUCUCACCGCCCUCGCGACAGAGCUUCCGCGCAUAGACUGUUUGGUGCCGCUCCAGACAGCAGAAUUCAUCCGGAGUCAGUUGGCUGAAGGCAAAAUCUCCGAAGAGGAGGCCAUCGACCGUCUGAUUCUUCUACUCAAUCCCAAGGGAGCUUGGACACUGUACGUUGACUCGAAAUCGGUAAGUAAUCGUUCAGUUGUUUUUGCCCUGGUCUCUCAACCUUCUUGCUACAAGUCCGGCGACGAAAUAGUCCUUAGAUCUUCCCACGUGCAAUAG